UCAUUGUUGAUGAGGUGUUGUAGGUGACAAGACUACUGCACAGGUCUGUUGUUUAAUCAUAAGAUUACGUGUCCAUCAUGCAGUUGAAUGAGGAGAAGGAGGCAGCGCUGUUGUUAUGGAUCAACAGUGUUUAUCCCGAGGAGUCCUUUACCAAAAUUAUCCAGAUGAUGGACGGCUAUCGACUCCUUAAGUUUGCCUACAGAGUGCAGGGGAAAGCUUUCUGUGAUGGUUUGCUGGUGUCACCAUUUCCUAAUGUGAUGGAAAUGAUCUUCAGUAUGCUACAGGCUGACUUCCAGUUCAGCCCGAGACAGGCCUCCCUCAUGUUACAGAAAAUCAGUCAGGGAGUCGAGCUGGAGCUUCAGCUUGCCAAGGUGGUCCUUGUUCUUUGUUAUUGUGGUUUUAAAACAUACAACAUGGUGCCUUUGGACACAAAGACAGGGUUGAUGAUCGCAUCCAUGUUUCACUUUGUAGAAGAUGAUGCUGAUGAUCUGUCCUUAGACGAAGGCCUAGAUGGAUUUCUCACCAAAGCCUCUGUCAUGACUUUCUCCACCUCCAGCAGCGAGAACAGCUGCUGCUCACCUUUGUACACUGAUGACGAGUCCCCGAUCUUCAGCCAAGUCCAAAACCCUCCCAGAGUUCAGUUUCAAGAGCAUUUCACGGUGGCCUGCAGUUCAGUCAGCUCUUCAGUGAAGGAUGUUAUGAGCACGCCACAGUUGUUGAAGAGACUCCGGAAAGUAUUGGCACGUGAGGGAGACGUGAGAGACGAGCUGGAGAAAGAACUGACCAAUCAGAUCGGCAUCAAUUUAGAGAAAGAGGGUGUGAUUUCGCAGUUACAGCACAGGGUGGAGCGAAUGCUGCGGGAACAAGGAGAGCUGGAGAAGGACCAUAAUGCCGCAUUGCUGGAGCUACAGGAGAAGAACGAGAGUCUUAUCCGCAGAGUGCAUGAGGUUAUAAAACAAUGCCAAGACUUGAAAACCGAAAACACUCAGAAAAAGAAAGUGAUUGAUGUACUAACAAAGGAGAAGCAAACUUUUGCUGCUCAGGUGCGAAAUGCCUUCGCUCCGCUGGCGAGAGCUGAGGGGGAUGUUGCCAAACUCACACUGGCUCAUGAAUCUGCACAAGCUGAGUGGAAGAGCAGUAACAAGUUUCUGGAGUUAAACGAGCCCAUCACUCGAUGGGAGAGUCUGAGUGAGCAGGCCCAGAUACUUCAGGGAAAGAUCUCUGUUCUGGAGGAUGAACUACAGAAAGCUCAAUCACAGGAAAAAGGAGUGGUUCUGGGAACCAGCAUUGAGGCUUUGACCAAAAUCGAGAGCUUCCUAACUCAGAUUCUGGAUUUGUCCGAACAGAUUUCCCUAAAAGAUGAAGAAAUCACAAAUUUGAGGAACAAGUAUGACUCUGUAGACCAUGAGCUGAAGCUUGUGAAGGAACAAAAUAUUGAAUUAAAAGAAGUGAUCAAAUCAAAUUGCCAAGUGCAUGAGGACACUGUUAAGAAACUUCAGCAAGAGCUUGACUCUGCUGCUUCAAAUGCUUCAGAAAAACAAGAAGAAAUGCUGGUUCUGUUAGCGGAGGUAACGUCUCUUAAAGAGCAGAUCUGCUGUUACAGUGAAAAUGGAGUGCAGAAACAACAAGAAAUGUCUGUUUUAGAGGCACAGCAUGGUGUGUUGAAGGAAAAAUUGACGUCUCUUCAGAAUCAGCUGGCCGAGGUGAAGGAAUCUGAGCUUAAACGGGAGCUUUGCCAUCAAACAGUGCUAAGAGAAAAAGCUCAGGAGCUCGAGAGGACUGUGAGGGAACAUCAUACCGAAAUUUCUGCUCUUGCCUCCGAGAGAGACGCUCAAAUAAGUUCUCUUAAAGCUGAAAUGAAGAAUCAACAGCUGAGAUCCCAGAGGCUGCGAGCUCAGCUGGAGCUGAAGGUGGAAAAGCAAAACAGCUCCAUUCUUGCUCUUAAAAACAUGGCUCGACAAUGGAAGCAGCAGAAUGAGGAGCUCCUGGAGAAGCUGAAGAUCAUGUUCACACAAUUACAGCAUUACAGUGGUAAAAACAAGGAGGCACGGGAGAUGAACAAAUCUCUUGUGAACUCCCUGCAGGCCAGCAGGAGAGAAGUCGAAGAUCUUCAGGCGGAACGAGACCAGGCGAAGGCCAGAGUCAAAAGCUUGGAGGCUCGGUUGGCCGUCGCUGAAAGGCAUCUGCAAGAGCGGAGGAAGAUGACCGAUGACACUGAGGAUGUGAGAUGCAGGGAAACACAGCAGGACACCAGCAAUGAGAGCUUGAACUUUGAGCUAAACUAUUCAUUUAAUGCUAAUGCACAUGAUCUGCCUGGUAUCGGAGUGGAGGAUAAACCAGAGCAUACUGCAGAUGACUGGAUGCGUGUCGCAGAACUACAGGUGCGAAACAAAGCCUGUCUGCCUCACCUGAAGAGCAGCUACCCUCUAGAGUCCAGGACCACUGUGGGACUUCCCUCAUUCACUUUAACGGAUGAGGACCUACGGAUGGGUGACCCGGCAGAGAGCAUUCGCCGUGCAGCUUUACACUUGCAUGAAUCCCAGCAUUCACACACACCACAGACUCUCAGACAGCCUGGAUCCCUGCUGCAUGACCUGAACAUACCUGAGCAGCAGUACAUUGGCACAGGUGAGGCAAAGAAGUUGGUGAGCUGCAUCUCUCGGACCGUGAUGCUUAAGAGCAGGCAUGCUAACAGACUUUCAAAUGCUGAGCCUAAGCGAAGGCAGUCUGUUAUGUUCACCAUUGUUAACACACCAAAACGCCAAAGAGGUAGUUUGCUGCAGCGAGGCCUGAAGCACCGUAAGGAAGCCUGUAAGUCUCCCACAGUGGGCAGUCGUGCCCUGCAGCCUGCGAUGAGCGCCGCUAACAGCAGAUCGCCGCUCUCACUGAGAAAAUGUCCUCGCAACAAGUCUCCAAAAAAGGGAGAGCAGUAGACGGACUGAUCAUCUUUCCUGACUGUGAUUUCUUUCUCGUCCAGGAUCAUUUGUGGACAAAACCUGGAUUUAUUUUUAUCUAUAAUUUGUUAGUUUGUUUUCUGUUCACUGUGUAAAUUGAUUGAAGGUGUGU